CCCCUCUCUCCUCUUUCUCUCUCUUGAACAACCGAACACAGAUGCAAAGAAUUCUGCAACUCAUCUUCAACAUCUUGCUUGCAUAGAACUUAAAGAAAUAUUCAAGUACAACAAGCACCGUUGAGCAUACAAGAAAUGAAUGAUCAAUCAAUCUUUUGCACCGAUCAGUUUCCACAACUUUUUGAUCUUCCAUGCAUGUCAGCUUCGUCAUCUUCAUCGUCCAAUCCAGCACCCGCGGCAACGACAUCGACCGCUUCUUCGAUGUCGUCAGCGACCUCAUCCGCGGCUUCAUGGGCGGUGUUGCAGUCGGAGGGUGAUGGUCCUAAUCACGGAGAUAUUAUUAGGGUCAGUAGAAAGAAUAGUGAAGAGGUUCCGGUGAGGUGUACGGCGGCGAGUGGUGGUGGGUCAAUGGAUUGCAUGGAUGUAAUGGAGAAUUAUGGGUAUAUGGAUCUUAUUGAUAGUAAUGAGAUGUGGGAUCCGUCUUCGAUAUUCGAACAAAACCCGCCCGAUUUGCAACCGGAAAGUGAGGUGGUGGAAGAGGGUGAGAUGAAGAAGGGUGGUGGUGACGGUGGAGGGCGGUUGGAUGAACUCGGGGCGAUGUUUUUCGAGUGGUUGAAGUCGAAUAAAGAAUUAAUAUCGGCGGAAGAUAUGAAAAAAAUUAAGCUCAAGAAAUCUACGGUUGAAUGUGCUUCAAAAAGAUUAGGAUCUUCGCAAGAAGGAAAAAAACAACUACUAAAGUUGAUUCUGGAGUGGGUGCAACAACACCAACUCCAGAGAAAAAAUAACGGCAUUGUGGAAUUACACACCGCCGCUAAUACCAACCCGGCCACACUAUACCCUUCACAACAUCUCCAUGGACUCCCACCUCCAAGUGCAAAUCCACCGCCAACUUUUAGCAAUGGAUUAAUCUCUCAUCCGCCGUGGAUCUUGCCAUAUCCACCGUAUAUGGUGGAUCAGACGGGUAAUGGGAUGGCUAUGGUGGCUUCACCCGUGCAGCCACCAUCUAGCUAUUCCUAUAUGGGUGGUGAUUAUGAUUCCAGUUUGGAUUGUCAGAUGAACCCGUAUAACAAUACGGGUUCGGGUGACUAUCAAGUACUGGAAUCUGCACCGUCAUGGAAUCCGUCACAGAUUACUAUGGCGGUGUCUCCCUACACCAAUCAGUUUCCAGAUGUGGGUAAUAAUUUUGCUCCACAAUUUAUGCCUCUAGCUCCGGGUUACCCCGAUCAGUUUUCGUAUAAUAUGGCGGUUAACUAUGCGGCUGGUGGUGGUGACGAACAACGGUUAAUGAGGUUGGGUUCUUCGGCUACUAAAGAAGCUAGGAAGAAACGAAUGGCAAGACAGCGGCGGACUUACUUCCACCACCACCACUCUAGACAAAGUCAAAAUAAUCAACAUAAUCGUGUGGCGGAUUCUGAUCAACAUCCACAGGCAAUGCUGGUUGAUGAUAACUGCUCUGGAAAAUCUCAUGUAGGAAACGGGUUGUACUGGCCAUCCACUGCCACCCUUCCACCACCACCACCACAAAUGGAAGUUCCUCGUCGAACAUCCUCCAGACCGCAUCAGUCCAGUGACCGUCUAUCAAAACAAACUUCCCCAGACAAGCUUCAGGGAUUCAAUACUGACAAGAAUUUGAAGUUUCUGCUCCAAAAAGUAUUGAAGCAAAGUGAUGUUGGAAGUCUUGGGAGGAUUGUGAUGCCUAAGAAAGAAGCCGAGAGUCACCUCCCGGAUCUUAACUCGAGGGAUGGAAUCACCAUUCCUAUGGAAGAUAUCGGGACAUCGCAAGUGUGGAAUAUGCGUUAUAGUCUCAGGUUUUGGCCAAACAACAAAAGCAGGAUGUACCUCCUUGAGAACACAGGGGAUUUCGUUAAAGCUAAUGGGCUCCAAGAAGGGGAUUUCAUCGUUCUAUACUCCAAUGUCAAGUGUGGCAAAUACUUAAUUAGGGGAGUGAAGGUACGGCAACCAGCGAGUGGGAAAUCCGAGGGCAAAAAACCUGUUAAGAGAAGCUAUCAUAGCACCACUUAAGUCUGCUAUAGGCUCCCCUUCAACUCGUGCACCGUGGUUUUAUUACCAUUAACAGCAUUGAUAUCAUCAAAUGGACUGUAAAGCUUCUUCCAUUUGCAGUUAAAUAUAAUUCGCUAACUCAAGAGAUCGCUCGACUACUGCAUUAAGCUGAUAAUUAAUGUUGUUUCGGGUUAAUAGAUUUAAUGUUAUCAACCAUGUGUUGAUUUAUGUUGUGCUAUUAUGCUGGAGAUCUCACCUUAAUUAGGUCUCUACUUAAUAAUGACUUUAUGUGUGAUUUCACAGUAUACUUACUGACCAGUAUGACCGUAUGUAUAGUUUU